UAUCGCUACAGUCCCGCGUCGCACUUACAAACGUGCGGUCGACCUAUUUACAUAUUUAUUAACAUUUAAAUUUAAACACGAAAUACACGUCGCGGAUACAAAAGCAUAUCUUUUAUGUAAACAUGUCAAAUUUUAAAUGAAUGUUAUGUGUGAGAUUUAGGGAUUAAAAAAUAUACGAAAAUAGACAUUAAUAAUGUCGGCAAACACGGAUUCCCAGUCCACUGCGACGCCUGAAGACACACCGACCCCCUCGCCGGGGGUUGAAGCUGUGAACAAAUUCAAUUGGUUGAAACACGCGAAGAACGCGCGACAGAACCCCUUCGCGCGACCCUCUUUGACUAGAGAGAGUUCCACGUCCGAACUGUUUUCCAGGGAGAAUUCCAGCGCGGACUUUUUCCAGAAUUCCAGAUUGAAUCUGUUCGAGAGCGCGCCAAAGCCUGAAGUCAGGAAUUAUAGCAAGGGACUGACCUUCCUAGCAUGGCACCAACGGACGAAGCUGGAGCGUGUGCUAUUGGUUUUCAGCGGGGUCCUCUUCCUGAUGGUGAUGCUGACCACCACGCUCCUGGUCAGCACGCAGACAGCGUCCUAUCCCCGGGUACCAGCCACUGAGAAAGACAGCGAUCUAUGCCUCUCAGGCACGUGUAUCUACACAGCGAGCGAGGUCAUCAAGGCCCUGGAUGAGACACAGAACCCUUGCGACGAUUUCUACCAAUUCGCGUGUGGAGGUUGGGUGAAAAACAACCCUAUACCAGAAGGGAAGUCCAAUUGGGGCAUCUUCAGUCAGAUAGAGUUGCAGAAUCAGCUUAUUAUAAAGACUGCUAUGGAAAAAAUAAACCUCAAUGUUACCACCGGAGCGGAGGCUAAAGCUCGCAUUUACUAUGACGCUUGCGUGGACACCAAUGAAACUAUAGAAAGGCUGGGGGACAAACCACUGAUUGGUAUAAUAAAGAAGUUGGGCGGGUGGCAUAUUCUGCCAAACACCCUUGUGAGAACGCAGAAGUGGGACUUGCAGAAACUAUUGCAGGAUAUUCAGAAUAGAUAUAAUUUGGGUGGUCUUUUUAACUGGGCAGUUACAGAAGAUGACAGAAAUUCAACGAAGCAUGUUAUAGUGCUCGACCAAGGAGGUCUAAACCUGCCCACCCGCGACAAUUACCUUAACAAGACAGCUCAUAAGAAAGUCCUAGAUGCCUAUCUAGAUUAUAUGACUCGCAUCUGCGUGUUACUAGGUGCUAACAAAACUGAAGCUAGACAACAAAUGAGUAAAGUUAUACAAUUUGAGACGGAAUUGGCGAAUAUAACUACACCCUCUGAGGAUAGGAGGGAUGAGGAAGGGUUGUAUAAUCCGUUCACAGUGAAACAGUGGCAGAGGGAGGCGCCAUUUUUAAAUUGGAGCGUGUUCUUCAAUGAUGCGUUCAGAUUGGUCAAUAGGACGAUUCCCGAUAAUGAGACGAUAGUUGUAUACGCGCCUGAAUAUUUUAGAAAUUUGACAAAAGUCCUCCGAAAGUACAGUAAAACUGAAGAAGAUCAAAGAACAAUCACCAGCUACAUGAUGUGGCAAGUAUCCAGGUCUCUCUCAACGUACCUAUCUAAGCCCUUCCGAGAUGCUUCUAAGAUACUGAGGAAAGCACUGUUUGGUUCUGAGGGAGCGGAGGAGUCCUGGCGGUACUGCGUUACGGAUACCAAUAAUGCUAUUGGAUUUGCGGUGGGUGCGAUGUUUGUCCGCGAAGUGUUCCACGGUGCAGCUAAGACCGAGGGUGAGAUCAUGAUAGACAACAUCCGAGCGGCCUUCAAGAAGCAUCUCAAGCAGCUGGACUGGAUGGACGCGGAGACCAGGGAGGCUGCUGAGAGCAAGGCGGAUGCUAUCACUGACAUGAUUGGUUUUCCGGAUUAUAUUCUGAACAAGGAUGAAUUAGAUAAACAGUACGAAGAGCUGAUAGUCAAGCCGAACGAGUAUUUUGAGAAUAAUAUCGCGUAUAAUACGUUCAGUCUGAAACAUGACUUGAGGAAACUAGACCAGCCUGUGAAUAAGACGAAAUGGGGUAUGACACCAUCAACCGUGAACGCCUAUUAUACCCCCACCAAGAACCAAAUAGUAUUUCCUGCGGGAAUCCUUCAAGCUCCCUUCUAUGACGAGAACAACCCUAAGUGUGUUAACUACGGAGCCAUGGGUGUGGUCAUGGGACAUGAGUUGACUCAUGCGUUCGACGAUCAGGGACGGGAGUAUGAUAGAUUCGGCAAUUUGAACCAGUGGUGGAACAACGCAACUAUAGCUCGCUUCAAGAAGAGGGCGGAGUGCAUUCAGAAGCAGUACUCUCAGUAUACCAUGGAGGGGCAGCGGCUUAACGGCAAACAGACAUUGGGUGAAAACAUAGCAGAUAAUGGCGGUCUGAAGGCGUCAUAUCACGCGUAUCUGGAGUACAGUAAGGCAGCGGCCAGGAACCUCACCCUCCCGGGCCUCAAGUACUCGCAUAGACAAUUGUUCUUCAUAUCGUUUGCACAGGUUUGGUGUUCCGCCAUGACGAAAGAGUCAACAAAAAUGCAAAUCGAAAAAGAUGACCACACGGUAGCGAAGUACCGUGUUAUUGGACCAAUCUCGAAUCUUCCAGAAUUUUCUACUGAAUUCAACUGCCCUCUAGGUUCCAACAUGAACCCUAAACAUAAAUGUGAAGUAUGGUAACAUGUGACAGCUUUAAUUUUUUAUAAGUAACAAAUGAAACUUUAUAUAAUUCAAGAGCGUAUUAUAGGCUUAGGCUAUUUCAUAGAUAAUAAUGUUUAAUUUUUUUUUGUAAAAUACAAAAUUAUUCUGCUUAAAACAGUUUUCAGAAUUUAAAACAGUCUGGCAUCCAGGCCAUAGACAAAAUAAAAGUUCAGUAAUCUGUUAUAAUUUUUUCACUAGCAAUGAUCAUUUAGGGUACUGACUAAAAACGUUUUAUUUUUUGACCCUACAAUAAACAACUGUGAAAUAUAAUAAUACAAUAUACCUUCGGUAAUAAUUAUGUUAUUAUAUUAUAUUUAUUAACUUAUAUUUGUUAACUUAAAAAGAUAAAUUCAUAAACACACAAAAACAUUUUAUGUUCCAGACAAAAUUUAUAUAGGACCAUCAUCUAUUUAUUUAAUCUUAAACUCAUUAUUUUCAAAGCCGCCUCAUUAGGAGUGAAACAAUUUCUAAGCAGUCACAACUUUAUAUUUAGUGUAAUUUAUAUAAUAGAACUAUGUGCAAUGUGGAAUGUGAACGCUUAUAAGUGAAACGUAAAUUAAUUUCUAGUAGGUAUAAUAAACUGAUAACACUGAAAUAUACUAUGUGUUGCCAGUUUUUUUGUCAUUUUAUUUUUGACGUGCCUGUAGAUACUUAGAGGUAUGAAACACACAAAAUAUAUUUAAAAUUAGCAACCAAUUAAUGCUUAUAAUGAAUUAGUGUAGUAAAAGUAUAAAUUAUUUAUUAUGGUAUUGUAAGUAUAUGAUAAUUUAGUAUACAAUUCAAAGGAAAAUAAGUUUGAAUUCAUAAAAAUGCCAUCACACAUGUUAAUAAAAAAGUUAUUACGUAAAACUAUGUAUAAAGCGUCCUGGCCAUGAAAUUAGUUGUGUAUUUUUUUUUGUCCUUUU